UCAGCCUCGCGAUUUGAUUAUAAUAAUCUGAGCGCAUAACAAUAAUCAUAUUUCUGACAUGCGCGUUAAGAUAUUCAGAAAUUGCAACAGUGAAAAAGUUAUUUCAUUUUGAAUGUGAGAUACACCAUGUCGCGUCGAAAGCAACCCAAACCUAGACACAUAGAGGCGGAAGACGAAUUAGCAAGUAUUUUACAGAAUGCCCCAAAAUUCCGCGAAAAUCCAUUGAGGUUUAUUUCAAAUCCCGAGCCUAGCCCUGUCACUACUUCCUGUCCGAGUUCUGAAGAUGCCCAUGUCUGUGGAAAAUGUCGGGAGGAGUUCCUAGGAUUGGAGGAGUUCCUGUCUCAUAAAAAGGUGUGCAGCAGUAAAGUUGUUUUGGUUUACGAGGGUAAAGACAGUGAAAACACUGAAAACAGUGACCCCGACUUUGGUGAUCUGAACCCGCCAUUAAAAGUUCCGCGAUAUUCUGACCCUGAGGAGUAUAACUGUGGGGGGUCGGACGGUGAAGGAACAGACUUCAUGGAUAAUUUUGAUGACGACGAAAAUGAAAUAAUGGAUGCCGAGGACCAGGAAAUAGCCAAUGAGGAGAUAGAUGAGGACCUGAUGAAGAUCUCUAUGAUGAAUGCUGCGGCGGCGGCAGAGGAGGAAAUCUCUGGGGACAGUGAGGAGGAUGAGGAGAACAAUAACAUGACGGACAGUAAGAGUGAGGAGAAGUGUUCCGAGGACAAUAAAGACAAAACAACAGGUGCCCUCCCAGGGCCCCUCAUGUUCCCAUUCUCACAAUUCCUACCCACAAACUCUAAUGUCACCUUGGAGCCCAUGAAUGCCACUCGUGCAGCAGUGGCCCAGUUUGCUGAGAACAAUUUAGCACCAGCAGAAAUUGCUUUGUUGCACUCCACUCUUUUCAAUUUACAGCAGCAGCAGAUCUUGCAACUUCAGUUGAUUCAGCAACUACAGUUACAAGUAAACAUGGGAGGCACCCCCACCACCUCUCCCCUGCCAUUUUUGCCACCAGUUUUGCCCUCACAAUCAUCAUCUCAGGAAUUCAACAAUCCUAAACCUCAGAGCAGUAACAGUUUGGAUGAGGACAGUGUGCAGGAUCUGAGUAGUAAGGAGGACAAGUCGGAGGAAACUCCAGAGACUCCGGGGACCGAAGGGAUGGAAUCCAAGCCUGCUACACUCACCACCCCAGCCUCCCCCUCCCCGGUGGUGCCCACCUUACCCUCAUCUCUACCCCUGUCUGGCAAGGAUCUAGUGCCCCCUGUCCCACCACCCACCUCUGAGUUUGCCAAGCUUACCAAAUUGGUUGAGCGUUCGCAGUAUGUCAGCGAUGACCCAUUUUUCCGCCACAAGUGUCGCCUCUGUCAGAAGGUCUUUGGCAGUGACAGUGCCCUGCAAAUCCACAUCCGCUCUCAUACAGGCGAGAGGCCGUUUAAAUGCAACAUAUGUGGGAAUCGCUUUACAACGAGAGGGAAUCUGAAGGUUCACUUCGAGAGACAUAAAGCCAAGUACCCUCAUGUUAAGAUGAACCCCCACCCUGUCCCAGAACAUCUUGACAAAAUACCAUCAAUGCCUCUGAUUGGAUCCCCUUUCCCAACAACACCGACGCCGCCUCUUCCACUUCCGGGAGGAAUGUUCACCUCAGCGCCACCUAUGUCAAUUUCUUCUAUGAUGUCAUCAAUUUACUCCAACUCUAUGUUUGGGCCUAGACCAGCACCGCGAUUUCCACCAGGACCCUCUCAUAGCGGAGAGCAGAGAUCCUCGAGUGCUGCAUCUUCCUCAAGUCUCUCUCAAACCAGUCCCACACCAACAGCACAGACUGCAAGUGAAGCGCCGGUGCGUAAGUCUCCCAACGUAACUGAUACAGCAGUCACUACACCAGCGACGUCUGCUGUGAAGCGCGAGGCACCCAGCCCGAUUGAGUCCCAGUCCAAAAUGAGUCGUCAAUCUAGUCAAUUUCCUCUUCUAUCACCAGUCCCAUCAGUACCACCACCUCCUCUGACGCCAUCUGCUGGUGGAUACUCAUCACGUGAUUCAAUCUUGCCAACUAAACUGAUUGACCAUGACGAAAGUCUAGAGCAGUAUAUGGAAAUCGAUCGUUCAGAGACGUCUAAGCUACAACAACUCGUAGACAAUCUGGAAAACAAAGUAUCGGAUCCAAACCAAUGCGUUAUAUGCCACCGUGUUCUUAGCUGUAAAAGCGCCCUUCAGAUGCAUUACCGCAUCCAUACUGGUGAACGACCAUACAAAUGCAAGAUUUGUGGCCGGGCCUUUACAACGAAAGGAAACUUGAAAACUCACAUGGGUGUUCAUCGAAUGAAACCCCCUAUCAGGAUGAUGCACCAAUGCCCAGUUUGUCACAAAAGCUUUACAAACCUAUUGGUUCUACAACAGCACAUACGAAGCCACGCAAGCUUGCCUGGGAUGCCACCGAUGCCAGACAUGUCUCAUUUCAAAGCAUUUGGAAACUUCCCGAGACCCAUGGAAUGGGGUCACCGACCAUUUGAUCUUUCCUUCAGACCCGGACCUGAAAGGGAACUAGACCUUAGCAAAACAUCCCCAACGUAUCAGAUGAAACGAAGCAAGGAAUACGAAGAUGACAUGGAGGAUAGAGAUGUUUCUAGAGAUAUGGAUGAUGAUUACAACGACGAACCAAGUCGUAGCGAAGGAGAGUUACGACAAAAUGGCAAUGAUCAUGCAGACGAGACAAAUGAGGAGGAAGGCAAUGGAAAUGAUAAAGAAAACCAUUUAAAGGAUCGUCCCUUACGGCCGGAUUCAGCAAAAUCUGACAGUUCGAAAGGUUCCGCCAGAUCUGCAUCUCCAAACACAGAUGACGAGAGCAAUUUGGGAUUUCACUCCACAAGCAUGUUUACCCCUUCCUUAGGAAUGGGAUCGAUACCUUCAUAUAACACUUCUCUCGCUGCACUUGAAGAACGCGUGCGAGCAAUUGAUUCUUCCAUGGCGAGUCAUAGAUAUAAUCCGUUCGGUCUUAAUGGAUUUCCACACCCUCCAAUGGAAAAGAAAAAAAUGGAAGACAAUGGCGAUAUAUCAGACUCAGAGGAAAAUGGAUCAGCAGAUGAUAGCAAACCAGGGACGCCAGCUUUGUCCGUGAACAGUGAUGGUGGAAAUUCUAUGAAUGGAUUCAUGAUGAGCGGAGACAAAUUGACCACUACUUGUAAUAUUUGCUAUAAAACUUUUGCGUGUCGAAGUGCUUUGGACAUUCACUACCGUAGUCAUACCAAAGAGCGCCCUUUUAAGUGCGAAGUCUGUGACCGGUCCUUUACCACGAAGGGAAAUAUGAAGCAGCACAUGCUAACGCACAAAAUACGCGACCUUCCUAAUUCAUUCAAUAACAACAGCAACAGCAGUGAGAAUCUGGAAAACGAUGAAGCAUUUGAUACGCUCGAAAACUCCAACGACUCAGUAACAGACGAGAAGAAAACGGAGGACCAACCGCACAAACAAGAUUCGCCUAAAGUCAGUGAAAGCAAUAACCAGGAGCGACAGAGCAGCGCGCCUUCUGUUUCCAGUAGCAGUGGGAGUAAUUAUACAAAUAGUGGAGGAAGCGUCUCCAAUGGUUCACAGGAUAACUCCCCAUUCCUGCGAAGAACUCCACUGAAGCACCAAUGCCAAGUUUGCCAGAAAGGUUUCUCAAGCGCCAGCGCCCUACAAAUUCACAUCAGAACUCAUACUGGAGACAAACCCUUCAAAUGCACGGUUUGUGGUAAAGCCUUUACAACAAAAGGGAACUUGAAAGUUCAUAUGGGUACUCAUAUGUGGAAUAACAGUCCCUCUCGUCGUGGGCGCAGGAUGUCCAUCGAACCUCCGUUCAUGAUGACGCACAAAGAGAAUCCCUACAUGCAGGGAGGCUUUCCACCAAGAGCUCCGGAUUUCUUUCCUUACCAGUUUCCACCCUUCAUGAAUGGCGUCCCCCCUCACAAGAUGAACGAAAUAUCUGUCAUUCAGAGCCUGGCUAGUGGUAUGGGACACAUGCCGACUAUACCGCUCAACGCAGAUCAUCUGACCUCGCCACGACCCAAGCUCACUGACAGUGAAGGAAAAGCUGCGUCAUGGAGGAAAAGCGAUACGAAUGGAAAUAUUACUUCCUCGGGAGAGCUGGACUUGAGUAUGAAAACAAAUACAUCCACCUCACCAAACAAUAACAGUAAACCCUCCCCCACCCCCGGGGACAACUGGAACUCUGCCUGGAAGACCAUGUGUCACCUAUGUAACCAGAACUUUCCCUCCCCAUCAGCGCUAGAAUAUCACCUUCAGAACUUCCAUCUGAAAGGCGCCGAACCACGCCCAAAAAGCAUAGUUGCUUAAAUACUUAAAAAACGGUGUUGUAAAUUAUGUUAGGCAUUCCACUGUCAGCCAGAACAUUAUUGUGUUGUUGAAUGUUACUGUUUAUCAUCUGUGAAAAGAGAUAUGAAUGCAUCAGAAAUCCUGUAAAUAUUGAUAAGAAAUCCAAAUUGUUUCACAGAUAAAAAGGAUGGUGCAUUUACAAUAUACAUGUAGAGGCAUAUGUAAGGCUGUAGUAUUGUUAGCCGCUAUUGACGCAUGCAUUGAAGAAGUUUCAAAGUCUUGAAUUUUUGCAAGUAGUCUUGCGCAUGGAAAGUCUAGUCGAAUCUCAUCGAUAAUCAAACAACAUAUCACGUAAUAUAGUAUCUUCUACCUCGUUUUGCUUAUUGUAAACAUAGGGCGGUGUAUUCGAUUCAUUUUGAGUGGCUAUAUACGAUUGUUAUUCUUGGAAAGAAUAAGUGCUUGCAAUACCUGCUACGCAUUAAAAUUGAUUGAUACGCAGUCAAUGAAUAUUAAGCAUUUCAAUUAUCCAAAUAAGGGUUAUAUAUACAUAUAUGUUGAAUAGUGAGUACAUGUAUUGUAGUUUAGUACAGUGUUUCGCUUUGUAUACAAACCGUUAGUUUAUUUGUACAUACAGAUAUUGAUUUAUAUACAUAUACUGAUAUACAUGUAUUGCUUUUUUGUUAUUUUAUUAUGAAAGCUUACAGACUUGUACAUUUUAUUUUACUUGUUAUUUUCUUUACAUCAGACAAUUUUGUAAUUAUAUGUCUAGCUGUGGUUACCACGUCAUCAACUUUGUAUGAGAGUCACUUGUAGCUAUGGUAACAAGUUUACGGUGCUGCUUAGCAUUCUUUUGCCCCCUGCUGACAUUAUAUUAGAAUUUUUUGCGGAAUUUAUUUUUCACCGGUCUAUAGUUGUGUGCAUGUUUAUUUAUUGAACAAUAUUUGUGUCUUCCUUUGUUUCACUGCUGGGGUACAACACACAACCUAUCACCCCAAUCAUCUCCAUGCAAACAAUGUGCACUGGGAACAAAUACAGACUGUAAUGUGUAGUUUUAGAGUUUAAGACUAGAUCCUGUGUUAUUAUUUUUUUUCAUAUGAUGAAGUGAUAGUUAUUUGGUUUAUGGAAUAUGUGAUCAAAUGAGUUCACUUUAAAAAGGAAUUGUGACGCAUGCGUGCUGAGUGAAGUUGUCUGAACUUUUGACCUUUGUACAGUAUACAAAACGUUAAAGACGCCAGACAGAUGGUGAUAAAAUUUGUGAAAUCCAUAACUAAUCUGUAUUGUAGUUGUUCUGAAAACUGUAUUUAAAAAGUGAUUUUUAGGUAAGGAAAUCCAUGUUUGAUUAUUUCCCACAGGUUAUUGAGUUCUAGCGUUAGAUUUAGGUUCGACACUCUACAAAAGAACGUUAUUUGAUAACGCUGUAUUUUUGUCUGUGAUGACAUAAUUUGAAUAAUUAUAACACUGUACAGAAGUGUCGAAAUUAAAGUGUGGAUGUUUGGAAAGAUUUAGUGAUCCCAGGUUACCUGUGUUCUUCAUAGAUUUUGCCAAAUGGCAAAGAAGCAAAAUAAAAAUAUACGUAAAAAUA